AAAGGCGCUAGGCUGUCCGCUCUGGAGUUUGAUUGCUGCCUGUUCUGAGCCUCCUCCCGCGCGCUUGGAACCAGGUCACCUCGCCAGUAUGUCUCAGGCUGAAUUUGACAAAGCUGCUGAGGAGGUGAAGCGCCUCAAGACUCAGCCAAGUGACGAAGAGAUGCUGUUCAUCUACAGCCACUUCAAACAAGCCACCGUGGGCGAUGUAAAUACAGAGCGUCCUGGACUGUUGGACCUCAAAGGCAAAGCCAAAUGGGAUUCAUGGAAUAAGUUGAAAGGGACUUCCAAGGAAAGUGCCAUGAAAGCCUAUGUGGACAAGGUAGAAGAGUUGAAGAAGAAAUACGGAAUAUGAAAGACCAGCUGGGUUGCCAGUGAGUGACCUGUGAGGACUUAAUGCCUUGGGUUUUGGUUUUUUUUCUAAUGUAGAUGAUUUGGCUCUAUAAAUUAGGGCCAGAAUUAAUCAUUGCUCCUUCUCCCUGUGUAGUUUUUACCUGAAAUUAAUUAAAAGUACAUUUGUUAUA